AUGCCACCAAAAGCCAAAAAGAUCGAUCCUGAAUUACAAGCCGUAUUAAAUGGUUAAUAAUAUUAGAAACAAUUUGAACAAUGGAAGGAAAGUGAUGAAUACAGAAUCUGGUCAGAGUUAUAAAUAAUGUAUAAAUCCAUGGAAAAUAACAUCUCCGAAACUUCCAAAGAUUUGACAGGCAAUUGGCAAAUAUAUCAUGAUAAAUUACUUGAAGUUUGUUAGACAUUCAAAUGCAAAUCUAAAAUAAAAUAAAUUGAACAUGCCCAUAUUAGAAGUGCAUUCUUUGCAGUUGAAGAUGUGGAAAUUAACAAAACAGUUGUCAAACAAUAUCUUGAUGGAUUCUAUUACUCAGUUGAGAAGCAAGACAAAGAUAGAGCCAAACAUGUGAAGGAAUUAUUUGCUAAAAUUGCUCGAACACUGGAGGAUCACAAGUUUUUUGAUAUGAAUGCUGAAAAUUAUAUAGCAGAAAGGAAAGUGUUCGUUGGUCUUCUGAAUGAUUUUUUGAAAAAACUACCAAUCCUAAUUAAGUCGAGUCAUAAGAUAAUCGAAGAAAAACUCAUGCUGGUCUUAGGACCCCUCAGAGCAUUAUUAGAAAUUAAUAAGAAAAUGAUGUUCUUUGACCUUGUUAAUACUUCAAACUAAGCAAGAUAAACCAAGGAUUUCAUCUUAAAGGCUGAUGUUGAACAAUAUUGUAUAUGUCUUCAAGAAGCACAGAGGUUAUUGUUAGAAUCAAAAGCAAUAUCAUGCAAUCCAAAUGUCAAGUUGAUCUUCAAUAAAUUGGGCUAUGAAGGAUGGUAGCAGAAUAAGAUUGAGUCUUUCUAUUUAACUCCGUUGCAAGAAGCCUUCGAUAAGAUGAGAAACAACUUGCUUUGUUUGAUGCUCAAGGGGAUCAAUUACUAUAAGGCACCCUUGAUGGACAAUACGCAAUUUGUAGAAGAUGUGAAGGAAUUGAUUGAUGCAGAAUUGAUUGCUGAACAUCUCAUGGGUACAUCAUUGAAAAGAGAUUAAUUAAAUUUUGCCUUUUAGGUAUUGAGUGUUAUUUUCAAUUCUAAUGCUCAAGCUAAAGAAUUCCUAAUUAAAAGAGAUGACAAUUGUAUAAAAGGAAGCAUUCCCAAAUUGAUGACAUAUCAUACAAUAUUGUACAUGAGAGCAUGGAAGGAUAGAAAAAUAGAGGAUGAAUUUAAAGAAUUAAAAUUACAAUAAAAAACAUAGCCGUUGGCACAAUCGAAUUUAUUUGAGGCUCAAUCUGCUAUGUCAGCCAUGUCACCAGAUAAAAAGAGACAGGCAGAUGAUGAUUUGAGAAAGAAAGAAGAAGAGAACAUGCGAAUCUAAGAAAAACUAGAUUUUGAAAAGUAUGGCAGAUAUUGGAUUUGGGAGUAUUAUGCUCAAGAUUAAAUAAAAGCUAACUUCGAGGAGUGCGUUGAAUUGAUCAGACACAUUAAUAAGGCUGUUCAAUAAGACAUAGAGGAUGUCAUUAUCAAAGAGGGGAUGGUUCCUAAAAAUCGUCCUCGUCAAGUGUAAUAGAAUGAUCCAAGUCAAAUGUUCAAUAAAUUGUAAGAGAAAGACAAUGCAAAUGUGUAUGUAAUUUAGAGGAGACCCCCGGAAUUAUGGAACUAUCCUAAAAUUGUGGAGGAACAACAUGAAUUCAGAGCCAUAGCCAAACCCAGAGAUUGUUAUAAGGAUGGAAGAAUAUAAGUAUUGGAGAGUAAGAUGGAAUAAUUGAGUGCUCACUUGGAGAGUAACAAGCCUUAGAGUUGGAAUGAAUUGAUUCAUAGAGUGAUAGAUGCAUUGAGCAAUUAAUAUAAUAAGAAGCCUAGUGCAAUUGAACCAGGAAAAUGA